AUGAGCAAUUUAAAUUAAAACCAUUGCGUUCAUCACAAUAAAGAAUUAACAUAUUUCUGUGAAUCAUGCGAAGAACCAAUCUGCAAGCUUUGUACUACUUUAGGACCACAUAAUUACACAGUAAGAGAAUAAGGAAUGAAUUUAGUUACAUCGAAUUAAUUCAUUGUAAGAAGCGUUUAAGAUGAGAGUUGAACAUAUAAAAUAAGAAAUAUUGCAUAAUAUUUUACCAAAGAGAGAUGAAAUAUUUGCUUAGAUAAAUAGAAUUGAAUACAGAAUUUAAGAGAUUAAAUAUGUUAAAAAUAUUAUUGAACGAGAUUGCAGAGCUGAAAUGAAUGGAAUAGAGGAUCGUUUAAAUUAAGCUGAAUCAAUGAAAUAAACAAUUCUUUAACAUUAAAUAUCAGUGAUAUAAUAGUAAGUAUUAUUGAAUAUAUGAUAUUAGGGAUUUAGAUGAGAUGAAUGAUUUGGCAAUUUAAUUUUUUAAUUUAACAAAAAAGAAUGAUUACCUUGAAUUUUUAUUUGAUAGUUAAAGUCUAUUGGAUAGAAUUGAAUUUUUGAUUGCAAAACCAUAUAAUAAAGGAUUAGAUGAGAUUCCAGAUGAUUUACCUAGAGAAUUAACUGAUUUAAGAUUACUAUUAGGUAAGAUGGAGGGACAAUAGUAAUUACUUGAAAUUCUAAAUGAGAUUAUAUGGAGAAUGAUAAAUGAGAGAAAACAUGAAGAGGAAUUAUCAUAAUAAAUAUUAAAAAGACAUUCAGAAAAUGAGAUUAAAGAAUGGUAAAAAUUGGUGGAAUUCUUUACUGAAUAAUUAAAAGAAUCAGAAAUGAUAUGUUAUUUUUGUAAUGAACCAUUAGAUAUAAAAACAAUAAAUAAAACAUGUAAGAAAAAUAAGGAUGAUAUUCCUGAUAAUUGUAAAAAAAAGUGAAUUUUAUUUUAGUUAUUGGAUAUACAAUUGA